CAUCACAAUUUUUAACCCUGGAACGUGUUCAAAACCCGCCCUUUCCUAGCAGUGAAUUUCUACCACAGAGUCAAAAUAAGAAAGAUAAAGAUCCGGCACGGGUCCAAAAACCUAAAAAAGAAGAGAAAAGAAAGAAGAAAGAAGAGAGGAGAGAACAGAAAUCCAAUAGCGUCAACUAUGGAGGUGGAAUGCCCGAUAUGUGGCAGUUCUUUCCCCUCUUCCAAAAUUGAGGUUCAUGCCGAGGCUUGUAUUCAGGCAAGCUUUUCCAGUAACAGUGAUGCUCCUCAACAAAUUGGUCUCAGUGAAAAAUCAUCUGAUCCGGAAUUUUCUUCUGCCGGAAACAAGAGAAAGUUUGAAGCAAUGGAAAGCCACCAAUCCUCAAAGAGUAGUCCUACAAAUUUCUUUGGAAGCAAAGGUCCUGCAUCAAGUAGCAAAAAGAUCCGUGGUGAUCAGGCAGCUGCUUGGAGUUUCCUUGGAAAAUCUGGCAGUGGGAGCAAAAGUAAUCGAGACCAGUCAGCUCCAAAUGCACCACAGCAGUCCCAGGAAAGCGACGGGAAUACUGGUGUACCUUUAGCAGAGCGGAUGAGACCAGCUACUUUGGAUGAUUACAUAGGCCAAGAAUCUAUUUUAAGCAGCAACUCCUUCCUUAAAAACUUAAUUUCAAAGGAUAGUUUUAUAAACAUGAUUCUAUGGGGACCACCUGGUUGCGGUAAGACGUCACUUGCCAAUAUCAUCGCAAAGCGCUGUCGGGGCUCAGAAAAGUGGCGAUAUGCUUCCCUCUCGGCCUGCACUUCAGGUGUGCAAGAUGUAAAGAAAGUUGUUCAGGAAGCCCAGAGUACAUUGCAGUUGAGGAAACGGCGGACAGUUCUCUUCAUGGAUGAAGUGCAUAGGUUUAAUAAGGCUCAGCAGGAUAUCUUCUUACCACAUGUUGAGAGUGGGUUGCUCACACUAGUUGGGGCCACCACUGAGAAUCCAUCCUUUACCCUCAAUUCUGCCUUACUUUCAAGAUGUCGAGUCAUAACACUUGAAGCUCUGAGUGUAAAGAACAUCCGCAAGAUUCUUCAGAGAGCUCUCAAAAAGCUGAAAAUAGGUAUUGAAUUGAAUGAGUCGGAGAACGAAGAAGAGAGCUCCACAGAUGAGGAGAGUGAGGAGGAAGAAGAGGAGCCAGAUGAGCAGGAGGAAGAAAAUGCAGAUACACAAGAAGGAAAAGAGAACAGUUUGAAGAUAAGUCGCCAGGCUUUGCGUUGGCUGUCAAAUAUGAGUGGAGGUGAUGCCCGAUGCGCCCUGAACACGCUGCAGACUUUGGUAACAUCUCAUUCACAAGGCACCAUAAAAACUGCUGAAGCAAAAGAAGCACUACAGAGAAGUCAUGUGCUUUACGACCGUAAGGGGGAAGAGCACUACAACAUGGCGUCAGCUCUCCAGAAGUCCAUCAGAGGAGGCAACGAUAACGCUGCCCUGUACUGGACCAUGCGUAUGGUAAAGGGCGGAGAAGACCCACGCUUCAUUGCCAGGAGAUUGGUCAGAACGGCAGCAGAAGACAUUGGCUUAGGUGAUCCACAAGCCUUGAAUUUAGCUGUGUCAACAAUGCAAGCAGUCCAGAUGCUUGGAAUGCCUGAAUCAAAUGUUAUCUUAUGUCAGUGUGCUGUCUACUUGGCAAGAGCAAAUCACAACCCAGAAGUUUACAUGGCAAUGAACCGUAUUUUGCAACACAUGGAAACCCAUACUGGGCCUCUACCUUCUGUUCCUCUUCACCUGAGAAAUGCACCAACAAAACUCAUGAAAGACAUAGGUUAUGGAAAGGGGUAUACAGCAGAUCCAAGAUUUACAAGAAAUAUAGAAUACAUGCCAGAUGCUUUGAGAAAUGUGAAUUUCUUCCAGAGCACUGGUUGAAGUUGAUCACUUGUUCUUGAAAAAUAAAACAAAAAAUAUAUAUAUAUUUUUUAGUGGUUCCCAAAUCUUAUCAUCCUAAAAUAAAAUCUUAUUAAAUUUCCAAAUAUACUGCUCAUCUGGGUAUGCAGCUUUACAGUUACUCACUGGACUACCAUUCAUACCCACAGUUGGGGUAUACCAGAUGUUAGGAAGGCAUCCGAUCAGACAAUUACAGUAGUGAAAAAAGUAUAAUCCAAAAAGAUUUCCAGUUUCAGUACUAAAUGAUGCUUCACAACCAUACACCAGUUUUUAAAUAUCUCCUUAUCUGGCUUACAAACAAUAAAACUUCUCAAAGGUCUGACAAACUAUGUGCUGAAGUACUAUUAUGAACAUCUGCCCUAACUCGACAGUGGGUCAUUUAUCUUUAGCAACCAACUCGUCCCAUCUGCCUCAGUCUCCUCCAAUGUUUACUCAAAGAAUAAAAAGGGAAGAUACAAAA